AGCACACAGCAUCCGAAAAAAUGUUUGAGAGAGAGAGAGAGAGGAUGUAUGAAAAAAAUGUGGCUGCAUCAUGGUGAGAAAAAGUCAUACCCGAUAACCAUCAGAGAGCGUUUCAAAAGGGAAAAAAGAGAAAAUAUUCAACUGCCCCCAGGCUCAGAGGCACACAGCGACUCAAGAUGAGGACACGGACAGCACUGCUCCUCACCAUGCUCUACUUUACAAACGGUAUGUGCUCCGACCCCAGUGUGAAAGGGUACACUGGAGAGUCUGUCAUCAUUGGCUGUAAACAUAAUCGGACAGGACCUUUCCAUAAAACCAUAUACUUCUGCAAAUUUCUCCUUGGUGGCAAGAAUUGUGACACCAAGAUGGAAAGAACCUCUGGAAGUGGGUGGCAGCACGAUGGCAGACUUUCUUCGUUCGACCAGGAGGGGACUGGAGUCAUUAAGGUUGUCCUGAAUAACCUGACAACAGAAGACACAGGAUUGUACUGGUGUUCUGACCUGUCGGAUCGUGACAAUCAUUAUGAUUCUGUUAAAGUCCAACUGAAUGUAACACAACAAAAGCCAGAAAGGGAGGGCACUUGUAAACUCACCGGAUAUGUCGGACACAACAUCACUCUGUCAUGCAGCUUUGACAAGAGCGACCAGCGCAGCAAGACUACGUAUUUAUGUAAAAACGAAACCGAUCACGGAUGUAUCAACGGAGCCACGUCAAAUACAAGAAUCGCCUAUGACAAUGCCACAGGAAGCGGCAUCAUCGCCAACCUCACUGCAGAGGAUUCUGGGACCUACUGGUGUGUCGUUGAGUUUUCAACUCAGAAAGUGACUGGUGCCAGAUUUAAGGUGAUAGAGUUGGAUGUGAAACCAGGACCACUGCCCAAUGCAAGAAGAAAUGGCUCUAUCCAACCCAUGGCUUUGCAUCCCACUCCAUGUUUCCGUCCCAAACCUCUAACUCCAACACACUCCGUGGCGCCAUCUGCUGCACAUAGGCCUACAACCUCAAGCGGACAUGGAUCUGGAUCGAGACUCAUCGAGAUUACAGAGAGAGAAUCAGAGGACAAAGGUGAUGACAUGGCUAUCCCUCUGUCCCUGUCCCUCCUAGCCAUGGGGUUGGUGAUUUUUGGAAUGGCCGUCUUCAUUUGCAGAAGGGUUAGAAGGAACAGGCGUAUAGAGAAAAAUCCUGUCCGUGAAACCACUGCUGAAGAAAGCCAUCCAGUGUGUGUUGUUUCAAAUUGA